UUACGCGUAAAUCAGCUGGUCGCUACUCUUCCAUGUCAACAAAACCCAUCUCAACCCGGUCUUGCACAAGAUUGCGCCAUUUUUAACGGCAAUUUACAAGCAUAAGUGUUCAUAUUUUUACCCGUUUUGUUAGCCAUCAGCAACGGAGAUCAUCUGUGCCGUAUUAGUAAGUUUUACCAGUCAUCCAACAGUCCAGACCUUCGCCUCAUCACCCAGCUAGCGUCUACUACUCCAUCGUUUGUUAAUUCUUCAUCUUGUAAAACCCAUCAUCAAUCAACAUGCUCAGUGGUCUUGCCGAGUACAUCUUUGGGAACUCAGCCGGAGGAGAGGUGGAGCCAGCAUCGGCUGAGGGGGUGGGGUCAGGUACAAGACCAAGUGCUAGCAUGCAGAUCACCUACACCGAAGAUGACUGGGUGCUCGUCGAUGUCACCAACAGCCCCAAGCGGGCUAGGGAAUCCCACCAGAGUGACAAUCAACAUAACAUCCAACCUCAAGGAAUCCCUGUCCCUCAUCAGCUAGAGGAAAGCUGGUUGGUUACCCCUCCUCCAUGCUUCACAGCUGGGGGUAACGUCCCUCAGGAACUUGCCACAAGUCCCAUGGAGAAUCUUCUCAUCGAGCACCCUAGCAUGUCUGUGUAUGGACCCCGAAGUAACUCCAUGGUAAUCAGGGCAAGAAGAACCAAUCAGCAUGAAGCAGGCACCAGUCAGGUUGCUAAGCGGCCCAAGCCGCGCAACCUGCGAGUGCGAAAUGCCGAACCGCCGCGCCGAGCAGAAGCUGUGGCAGCUAGGUUGGGUCUGGAGAACCCACCAAACUUGGCAGCUAUCCAAGAGGCAGAGGCCAUGCAGCGCCAGAAGAGGGGAUCACUCAGCAGGUCAAAGGUCGAGCGUCACAAUAAAGCCUACCACCAGCAAAACCGUUCGGGGAAACGUCACUACCGUCAGAAUAUGUCGGGCAGACACUCCCGUGUCACCUACAAGCAAUGCUAGUCAUCAAAAUCGACAAAAGCAAAUCCUUGCUUAAAACAAUUCAAUUAAAACCCACAAAAAAAUUCAUUUUUCAGUCUCAUUUGAAAUACAAAACAAUUCCAGAAUUUCUGUGCACAUUUGGACAUCUUUUUUUUGUCAAAACGUGCAAAACAAAGAUUUUGAAAUAUUUCAGUAGAUUUUAUUCAAAGAGAACAAGUUGCAGAUUUAACCAGGGUACCAUGAUAUAUAUUUGUAGAUGCACAACUUGUUGGUGGAGAGCGAUUUUUUAACUGUUUAUAAUCCAUAGUCAUAAUUCUCUUAAUAUAUAUGAUAUUUAUUAUCAAAACUAUAUUUUAGUCGUAUCUGUAGUUUAGGAGUGUUUAAAUAGUUCAGACUUACAGAAAACAUGAAGCCAUCUAACGGCAGUUUUUAUGACUUCCACAGAUAGUGUUUCUUUGCAUAUUUAGAGAAGCACAUUUGUUAAUCUCUAACAGUUGCAAACAUUAUUUUAAAUUUGUUAGUGUGAGACUACAGUGUGUAAACUGGUGUUUUACAUGAGAGUACUUGAAGAGCUGAGUUCUACCUGGGAGUGCUUGAAGAACUUAGUUUCUCAGGUUGUGUUUCGUGGUGUUUUUUACCAAAUACUUACAGGUGUUUGGUGCAAAACUUGGAUGGAAAAAUUGAUUACUUUUAACACUAAAAAAAAGAUCAAGAUAAGGUAAUUGGAUGAGAAAUUUGACAUAAUACACUUUACCAACAUUGAAGUUGCCAAGUAUUGCCAUUUUUUUUGCAUUUAAAGUCCAAUUUGUCAGUUAUUCUGUUUUGUUUGAGGUUCCAAAAAUGUUCAACUUGUAAUAUAUAAUGAGUUUGCUCAUUUCAAA